ACAUACUGCUCCCUUUUCCGUUUCUUCCGCAGAUCAACCGCUACUAGCCGCAUUUGCCGCUAGAAAAUGAAUCUCGGUCUAUGGGGAUGCUUGGUGCCCUGUGGACUGCAAUACUGGUGCGAGAGUAAAAGCGAUACAUGCAUUACGGAGAUGGGGGCGACGGCAUCAACUGAUUGUCCCGGUGCCGGAGGUCCCGGCGGAAUUCCGGGCCUGACCGGUGCUAUCACGACUGCGGCUGGUGCUACGACUACGACACCUCUCACAGCCGGUGGCAUUGGUGGCUCAGGUGCUGGGAUGCUGGGAGCGUACGGACCCGUUGGUGGACCACCCGUUAUCGUACGGGAGCGGCGGAAGAAGGUCACCGGGUUUGCCACACUGAAGAAGAAACUUAUUCGACGGAGACGAUCGUCGAAAGCAUGCGAUCAUGGCCGGGUGCUGCGGGAAUUCGUGUCCAGCUGGAGUCCGAUGGAACUGUCGGCACUGUUGGAAGAGUACGAAUCGCUGGCAGCACUGAAGGACCUUUCGGUUCAGGCUGAGCUGGCACGGCCACCGGCAACCACGUUCAAACAGGAUCUCGCCAGUUUGUACGACUACAAACAUUGCACCGACUGUGAUCUAGUGUUCCGGGGAACCGUCUUCCCGGUUCACCGUGCACUACUAUCCGCACGUUGUCCGUACUUCCGGGACCUGCUAGCCGGCUGCCCGGGCUACGGUGCCCGAAUCUGUUUGGAAUUACGCUCCUCGCCGGUGGACGUUCCAAUGUUUUCGUCGCUGCUAAGAUAUCUGUAUACAGGAGAUUUAUGUACACACGAUCCGACCAUAGAUGUAAGUCUGCUACGUAGAUUAGGAGAAGAUUUCGGCACACCGAAUCCGCUAGAAAAUGACCUGCGCUACCUGCUCGAAACCGGGGACUACGCAGAUGCCGCCAUAGUGUUCACCUCCGAGGGUGGCGACUACCAUCGGCCCGAUUCUGGCAGCUCGGAGUACGGUUUUCGACCGAAGCUAGAACUACCUUGCCAUAAGGCGAUCCUCAGUGCACGAUCACCAUUCUUCAAGAAUAUGAUCCAGCGACGGACCCGUAACAUUAACGAAGAACACCAACUUCAUGGCACAGACCGAUCGUUACAUGUUCCGACACGCAUCGUGCUGGAUGAAACCGUAAUUCCGAAACGUUACGCUCGUGUUCUACUGCACGCGAUCUACCUGGACACCGUGGAUCUAUCGUUGAUCUUACGCGGAAAUGGAUGCGGCAACGGAGCAGGAAGUCUCGGAGAGGUGCAAGCUCUUACCCACACAGGGAGAACCAGGCCGUCACCUUUGGAAGAAGCCAUGGAGCUGUAUCAAAUCGGACGCUUCCUCGAACUGGACAUUCUGGCACAAGGCUGUGAAGAUCUGAUCCUUGAAUGGCUAACUUUGGAUACGCUAGCUACGGUUUUACGAUGGGGUGGGCAACCACACGGGUCUGCCUGGGUUUAUCGCCAAGCUUGCCACUACUUGCGCGAAGAGUUCUCGGCUAUUGUCGGAUCUCCGGUGCUCUUCCAGCUUGAUAAAUCUCAGCUGAUAGAAGCACUUCAAAACAACUUCCUUCAGGCAUCAGAGCUGGAGGUGCUGCAGGCUGUUUUGAAGUGGGGCGAGCAGGAGCUGAUCCGACGGAUGGAAGAUCGGGAGCCAAAUUUGCUUAGUCACACUGCACACUCGGUUACCCGGAAGGGAAUCAAAAAGCGUGAUUUGAGCGACGUAGAGUUGAGGGAAAUUCUAUCGGAGUUACUGCCGCAUGUUCGAAUGGACCACGUACUGCCACCGAGCAACGAGAUAUUGAACCAAGCAAUCCGACGGGGUUUGGUUAGCACUCCACCAUCGCACAUGAUCGGAGACGAUCGUGAGAGUCUGAGGAUCAAUGCGUGGAUUCGCGGUGGAAAGAACCAUGGUUUGUUUGUACGACCUCGGCUGUUCAUGCCGUACUAUGAGGAGGUUAAGGUGCUGCUUGAGGAUCACAUUGCGUCGCAACAGAUCGAAAUGUUGCGCAUGCGACGAUCGCGCCACAUGCCGGACAUUCCGGACACGUUGUACAUGGUGUCUCGACUUAAUAGUAACACUAGUGGGAACAUGGGUGGCGGAGGCACGUCAGGUGUGGAUGUUGUUGCGGCAGCGGCCGCUUCGAUUCCAGCACCAGAUCCAAGCGCCAUGGAAGCUAUGCAAAAGAGGGAACAAAAGCUUAGGCAAGCACCUAGCUGUCAACGAGCGUUGACGCUUCCGCUGUCAAGCCGGAACGAAAUCAAUCGUCAGAUCAGGUUGCGGGUUGUUCGGGAAUUCAAUUUUCCGGAUGAGGUGGCAGAGUUGUUGGAGAACUCCAAUUGCUACUGCCUGGACGCAGAUGGCUCCACACCGAAAGCUCAGGGCGACGAUAUCCAUGCGAGCAAUCAUUCAUUGGACGAUGACACAACUCCGCCCCCUUCGCCGGCACUGCCAAGUGAUAUUAUUCCACAAAACGUUGCCUGCUUUGGGCGCAACAUGACAUUCCCCCGGCAACAACCUCAACCACCACCACAAGUGAUCGCGCAUGGGGCUGGAGGAGGAGGAGGAGAUAUGGGAGGUGGAGUUGGAGGACGACUACAUCAUCCCUCGGGUGGUAUGUUAGGACCGAGUUCAAGUAUUAUAGGUACCCAUCGACGCCAAGAACUGCCAUCGUUGAUCCCCGGAGGGGAUGUAGUUGCUUAUAGGCUGUCAGCACCGGCCGGAGAUCAUUCCGGGGAGGCCGGAGCCUGUUCGGAGGGACAUCUUUCGGAUAUAAUGCCGGACGUGGCCAUGGCGACGGCAUCUAUGGGACAGUUGCAACUUGGAGACAUGCCCGAGAGUCUUCAUCUAGAUCUGGGCGAUGGACCAAGUCACAUGAUCGGAGCAGCAGGAUCUCUAGGAUUACAUAAUCUUCCGCAUCAUCGAAUAGCGACACCUUCGCCGAGCAAUUUCCAUCAACUACAUGACCCGGAGCCAUCCUCCGUCCGGUUCACUGAGUAGUAGUGGUGUCGGUGGCGGCCACGGGGAAGGCGCAGCGGAACGUGGCAUGAUGGGUGGUGGAAGGCUACCCAGUUCCCUCGGUGGAUCCUCCCAGUCGGGUCAGCCGGGAGUAUCAGCUGCUUCGGCGGCAGCAGCCGGGUCUUCGUCGUCAUACUCGCAGCGGUCCAACUCACCGUACACCUUACACCGAGCGAGUCCGGGCCUGCCGCAUAGCUCAUAUCACACCGGCCCCCGAUUAUAGAGACGGCUGCAAGUAUUUCCCGACAAACGUCAGCUGUUCAGUAUGCCUUUCUGAAAGGAACACACUGAGGAGAAUGAGGAGCGGAUGUGUGUGCGUGAGACUGUCUGUAAGGGUGUGUGACGGAGAGGAAUGGAGUGCGACCCGGGGCGUAGAGGUUUAGUUAAACGAAUUAACUAAAUUAAAACACAAGUAGCAGAAAAAAGAAGCAAAAACAAA